AGCAGCGCGCUAGAUGGCGUUGUUACACCACGUGCGCUCACAUCAUGCGCGCCCGGACCUUCCAGAAUGCAUUGCGGCUGCUAGUGCAGUUAGCCUGCGCUGCCCUGUGAACAUACGGCGUUUUACACACGGCGUCAGGUUGUCUUCAGUUUUAUAGUUUGUCUUAAGCGAUAUGCCUCCGAAAAAGCCAGCUCAGGUUGCAGGCAAUAAGAAAACCCAAGAGAAGAAAAAAGAGAAGAUCAUUGAGGAUAAAACAUUUGGACUGAAAAAUAAAAAGGGAGGUAAACAGCAGAAGUUUAUCAAAGCUGUGACGCAGCAGGUCAAGCAUGGACAGCAGAAUUCACGGCAGAUUGCUGCUGAAGCUGAAAAGAACAAAAAGAAGGAUGACAAGAAGGAGUUGAACGAGCUCUUUAAGCCAGUGGUGGCAGCUCAGAAAGUCAGCAAAGGUGUUGAUCCCAAGUCUGUGCUGUGUGCUUUCUUUAAGCAAGGCCAGUGUACCAAAGGUGAUAAGUGUAAAUUCUCUCAUGACCUCUCCUUAGAGAGGAAAUGUGAGAAAAGAAGUGUGUAUGUGGAUGGCAGAGAUGAAGAUCUGGAGAAAGUUGCAGACACCAUGGAAAAUUGGGAUGAAAAGAAACUUGAGGAGGUGGUGAACAAGAAACAUGGAGAGGCUGAAAAGAAGAAAGCAAAGACCCAAAUUGUGUGCAAGUAUUUCCUUGAUGCUAUUGAAAACAACAAAUACGGCUGGUUUUGGGUUUGUCCUGGUGGAAGUGACAACUGUAUGUACCGUCACGCUCUUCCUGUGGGCUUCGUUCUGAAGAAAGACAAAAAGAAAGAAGAGAAGAAUGAGGAGGAAAUCUCGCUGGAUGAUUUGAUUGAGACUGAGCGGUCUGCUCUGGGAGCAAACGUCACCCGAAUUACUCUAGAAACAUUCUUGGCAUGGAAGAAAAGCAAAAGGCAAGAGAAACUGGCUAAAGCAGAGCAGGACAUGGAGAGAAAGAAAGCUGACUUCAAAGCUGGCAGAGCACUUGGGGUCAGUGGAAGGGAAGUGUUUGAGUUCAGACCUGAGCUUGUUAACGAUGAUGAUGAGGAGGCUGAUGAUACUAAAUAUUCUGAAGAUGAUGACACUGAGGUUUCUAACGAGAUGGAGGACACAGAGGAGGUUCAGGACAUUGACAUUGCUAGAUUUAUCCCUAAAGAGGUGGAUAAUGCUGGUAUAACGGUGGCAACAGCAGACCGGUUUACUGCCAAAGCUCCUACAACAAAUGACACGGAUGACAAUAAAUUGAGCGAGGCGUCAGGCGGAGAUGUGGAGAACGGAGAGCUUGGCCAGGACCAGACGCUGGAGGACGGAGAAACCAAUGAGGAGGAGUCCGAGGCGGUGCCAGUAGAUGAGAACCUCUUCACCGGGGAGGAUCUAGACGAACUGGAGGAGGAGCUCAACACACUGGACCUGGAUGAGUGAAGACUGGGACUGUUGCAUCAUUCAUGAACUACACAUGGCUUGAUGUGAAUGACAAUAUUUUCACAUAACUACCACCAGAAUUGCCAUGUCAGAAACCGCUCUGCCUGCAACAUGCACCCUCAUCACUUGAUGUCCUGGGACGCUACAGAAGAGACUGGAGUAGUUGUGGCUCUUGUUCGCUCUCUGAUGUUAUUUUUUUUUUGUGCCCUUUUUCCAUUUUUUUUUUAAUUGCAGUCUACCCCAAAAGCACAGUCAGGUGAGGGUUUGGUUCUUCAGCAGGAACAUACUCCAAAUAUUUAUAAGGCUGUUGAUUAUUUGAUAUUUCUGCAUUCUCUUUUGAAAGAUUUGAUUAAAUAAUUUUUGUAAGGACAUGCGUAUGAAUUGAUUCAGCAUAAAUACUCAAGACAUUCAAACACUAUUGGAAUCUGGUUUCCUCUUCUCUGCUGUUGAAAUGUUGCUUUAAUGAAAACAAAGGUUCAGUUGAUCAGUAUCAUUUCUGUUUUUAACUUGUAACCAACUGCAUGCCUGUAUCAGGAUCAGAAUGUCAAGGUGAAUAAGUGUGAUGCUGACAUUCAAGUGUUCAAUAAUCAGUUGAUCUGAUUGAGGUGCUGAAUGUGAAGUCUCUCGGCUGCAGAUGUGGCAUCUUGCCUUACAGAAAGAGAUUUAGAUGACAUCAUUACUAGUCAGAUUUGGUUUUUGAAGUGGUUUCAGGAAGUGUGAGCCCGAAAGAUGAGCUUGUUGUCAGAUGAACUAGUAACGUGUCUGUCCUUUUGUAUUCAAUUGUUUUAAACUGCCCUCCCACCAACACACCACAAUUAAUUGUAAAUAAAAGGAUAUCAGAUACUGACUUUGAGUUUAAAUGCUA